AUCCUAGAAAACUUUUUAAUGUUCAAUAGCUAAAGUGUUCGUGACCACAAAUGUUCAACGCGCAUUCAAUGGGCUAAAAUGAUUUUAGGCCCAAUAGUUUAGUUUAAGCCCAUUUUAGCUCCUUCCAUAUCUCACACCUUCCUCUUCAUUUCUUCUUCACCGAGCCAUUUCUUCUGUAAGCGGAUUUCAUCAGCAUUCAGCAGCCAGACGAAACUUUUAACGAUCUACCAUCGAACCAGAGCUACCGUUUUCGUAUCUGUGUUAUCAUAUCCGGAUUAGGUUUUGAUUUUAUGAUUACAUUUGUUAUAAUCAGUGAUUUGUUGUUUAUUCGCGAUCCUCGGAUUUUCGCUGGAUGAUCUUUUGUGCUUCCUCUAUACGUUUUCUAAACCUAGAUUUGGAUCGAUUUGGUAUAUGAGAAGCUGUGUUUGUUACACUGUUUUUUGUGGUAACAAACACUUAACAUUCUACAGCCUCCACAAGGAUCCAUGAGUAUAUGUAUUUUGAUUUGAAUGUAGUAGCUGAUACUUGGGAUACAGUAAUAGAUUUUUUGGUGACUUCCCCAUUGUAUGAAAUGAUGAUGACAAAAAGGAUUUUGAGAGACAAGUACCAAUAAGUGUUUCCUCAUUAUAGAUUUUCUGUAACUGUCUGUGUGGAAUCUUGAGAUUACCUCUAGCAUCGCUAUUGUGCUGUAGAUUAUGUUUCUGUUAAAGUAAUUCACCAUUGUCGCUGAUACGUGGGAUACAGUAAUAGUUGACACUUGAUACAUUAGUAUCUUAAUUCACCAUGUUUAUUUAGCAAAAACAAAUUUACCAUGUUAUGAUUGAUGAUGACGAAAAGGAUUGUAAGAGUCCAAUGUUACUCCUUAUAGGUUUUCUGUAAUAGUUUUUAUGGAGUUUUCAAACAAUUUCAGGGUUUUCAAAGUGAACGAUUUUGUUAGUUCCUAGAAUCUCUCUCAUUCACUGUCUGCUUUAGUUAAAAUGAGUUUAAUGUUUUAUGCACAGGAUACUUCUUCAUUACCAUGGCAACAAGAAAUGCUUUGAGAAUUGUGUCUCGUAGGUUCUCUAGUGGCAAAGUUCUUAGCGAAGAGGAGAGAGCCGCUGAGAAUGUUUUCAUUAAGAAAAUGGAGCAGGAGAAGCUUCAGAAGUUAGCUCGACAGGGUCCUGGAGAACAAGCAGCAGGGUCAGCAAGCGAAGCAAAGGUUGCUGGUGCAACAGCAUCUGCAUCAGCUGAGUCGGGCCCAAAGGUGUCAGAAGACAAGAACAGAAACUAUGCGGUUGUGGCAGGUGUGGUUGCUAUUGUCGGUUCGAUUGGUUGGUACUUGAAAGCAGGUGGAAAGAAGCAGCCAGAGGUCCAAGAGUAAAGAGAUAGAUUGAUUGAUGGACUUGUGAUGAGUGAAUAAAACAGGGAGUAGCAUUACUCAUUCCUCCCUUGUGAGACACUUUGGAAUCAAAUCUUACGUUGCUGCUACUCUCUUUGAGUCUUUUCUUUUGUUUUUGUUACUUGACACAGUUUUUUUUUGUUUCCGGUUUGUUGACAUUUAGUUUCUCAAUCUAAACUCCAGAGACUUAUUUUCGCUCUCUUUUGAUCAGAAUUAGGUAUAUCUUUAUUCGGAUAAUCCUUCCCAUCCAAACUGAAAUUGUUAGUACCAACAUUUUUUUUAUCAGAACAUAUCUCGAGUACUGUGUUGA